GGCACCAGUGGGCCACCGUCCCAGCCAACUACUGGUCCUGACAAUAUGGAAGCCCAAGGCCCGGUGAGAAGAACCCGAAGGCCCAACCAGAGAGUGAUGGGCGGCCCGUGGGUAAACGCAGCCCGAGCAUAUCAGGAAGCGAGGGGUGAGGAGACAGGGGCAUCGAAGGUCGAUCAGAACGGCGGCGGCGGCGGCUACAUAGAACCCUAAUUCCCCUUUACCCCUGUCUCAAAUUCAGCACAGUUGUGCUUGUAAGGAGUGAAUUCUUGUAUCCAUUCACAAUAUGAUCGUGAGACUAGCGUGCUGUUAACACUUGGUACUCAGAGCCAGCAGGCGCCCAAUUUCGCUUCCGUCCUGGCGGCGUCCAUCAUCGAGACGCGGCAGCAGCGAGCAGAGAGGAUGCAGAAGGACUUGGAACCCGUCACCAAGGGCGACCUCAAGGAAUUCUUCAAGGAAUUGCGAGCGGAGUGGAGGGAGGACAUCAAGUCCUCAAUCGCUGCCGAGUUCUCCUCCUGGAAGCCUGCGAUCGACUCCCAGAUCACCGAUCUGCAGGAGGCGGUCGAUCUUCUCAAGAAGCAACAUACCGGCGGCAAGAGCUCCGCCGUCGGGGAGGCGUCAGCGACAGAUCACCUCGAUCUGUCGGCGCGGAAGAGCAAUUCAUCUUCAGACGGACCUCCGGCGCGCGAAUCUCCUCGGGCCGAUGGCCACGGCACCGCUCCUUCUCCACGGACGGCGGUCGAAGGGCUUUCCAUCACCCCGUCGGCCCCUCCGGCCAACGGUACGGUCGAUCUCCUACUUCAGUUACCGUCUGCAGCCCCUGUUCAAUUACCUGCUGUAGCCCCUACUAUGUCUCUGACGGGAGGUUCAGGAAAUUUUGCCCAAUUUCUUGCUUCCAAUGCUCCCAGUCCACCAUCUAUGCCGUUUCCUUUGUUCGAUGGUGAGAAUCCACUGCUGUGGAAGGAUCUUUGUGAGCAAUAUUUUGCCAUAUAUGGGAUUCCAGAGUCCGUUUCGGUCCAAAUGGCUACCUUGAAUUUUUCCUCUACUACAGCUGUUUGGUUACAGUCAGUUAGAAAGAAAGUCUUAGGCCUGAAUUGGGAGGGCUUCUGUAAUGUUUUGGCAACCCGUUUCGGUCGCGAUCGCCAUCAGCUGUUGAUCCGGCACUUUUUUGCAAUUAAGCAGUCUAGUACAGUACAGGAUUACAUUGAGAGAUUUGAACAUUUGAUGAAUCAACUGUUGUCUUAUUCUGACGAAAUUCAUCCGUUCUAUUUUUUGACACGCUUCAUUGGUGGAUUGCGGGUGGAUUUGAGAGCUGCGGUCAUGGUCCAGCGGCCCUCUGAUUUGGACACGGCGUGUGCUCUCGCCUUGGUCCAGGAGGAGGUGCACGACGGAGUGCGACCAGAGCACAUCCGUUCACCGGAGCCAGUGUACCGAACGGCGGCACACCUUCCUCUACAGGCGGUCCCUCUUCAUCAAUCACGCCCUCCUGCAACACGAGCUGCGGCUGACCGUCGCGGCGUCGAUGCAGCGCGUGCGGCUCCUGCUGACCCCCCGCGCCAAGUGGCUCCGGAGGCAAAUUCCCUCAAUACACCGCGUGCAUACCGAAGGGCCAGAGGAUUAUGUUUCAAGUGUGACGAGCGAUGGGGGCGUGAUCACACUUGCCCAGCUACCAUCGAGAUGCAUGUAUUAGAGGAACUCAUGGAUUUCAUGGGUGUUACACCAACUGAAGAUAGUCAGGCCAGUGAAGUUUCUGAUGCAUUUGACGACACUGUGUUUGCGAUUUCUCUUCAGGCAUUCAACGGGAACGAGUCUUCCAAAUUGCUGCAAUUCAGCGCUCAGAUUCAGGGGCGCGAUGUGGAAGUCCUCGUGGAUUCGGGCAGUUCAGCUUCAUUCAUUAAUGCUAGGCAUGUGGAAGGACUCCAAGGGAUUCAGUCUAUGACCAAAACAGCCCGCGUGAAGGUUGCCAACGGGGCUGAAUUACAGUGCACAUCAGAAAUCCCCAACUGCUCGUGGGAAGUCCAGAACCACCAGUUCUCCACAUCAUUUAAAGUUUUGCCAUUGGGAGGUUUUGAUGUUAUUGUGGGUAUGGAUUGGUUGGAAGCAAUUAACCCGGACAUUGAUUGGGUUCAGAAAACUGUGACGAUCUGUUCUUCUUCCGAAGUGAUUCAAUUGCAGGGACAUCAAUUCUCAGAUAGCGUUUGCCCACAGAUUUCUGCCAUGGAAUUGCAGCAACUUUGCACUCAAGGUGAGGUUGAGCAUGUCGUGUACCUGUGCCGCAUACCCCACGACAGCAAACCAGUUGAGGCAGUUACAACAAAUGCCCUAGUACCCGAGGAAAUUCAGCAAGUGUUGCGGGAUUAUUCAGAUGUGUUUGCUGAACCACAAGGCCUCCCCCCUCGCAGGGCUUGCGAUCACCACAUUCCCCUAUUACCAGGUGCCCAGCCGAUCAGCAUGCGUCCCUAUCGUCACUCACCAGAAACCAAAGACGAAAUUGAGCGGCAAGUUGAAGAGCUCUUGGCAGCCGGCAUUAUUCAACAUUCAGUCGGUCCAUUUGCCUCCCCUGCUAUUUUGGUGCGCAAGAAGGAUGGCCAGUGGCGCUUAUGUAUCGAUUACCGACGGCUCAAUGCUUUGACAGUGACACCAAAAUUUCAUUUGCCGGUGAUCGACGAGUUGCUUGAUGAAUUGUCUGAGGCAAGCUGGUUCUCAAAACUGGAUCUCCGUGCCGGAUACCAUCAAAUACGCCUUGCCGAGGGUGAAGAAUACAAAACGGCAUUUCAAACGCACUCCGGCCACUACAAGUACAAGGUGCUUCCGUUUGGAGUCGCGGGUGGCCCAGCAACAUUCCAAGGCGCCAUGAAUCAUACAUUGAAGCCGGUUGCUUGCGUGUGUGCUCUUAUGUUUUUUGACGACAUCUUGGUGUUCUCCAAGUCUUUCUCUGACCAUGUCCAACACCUCAUGCAAGUACUGCAACUGUUACAAGCUGAUCAAUGGCAAAUCAAAAUGUCCAAGUGUUCGUUUGCACAGCGGGAGUUAUCCUAUUUGGGGUUUGUCAUUGGAGAGCAAGGGGUCUCGACUGAACCAGACAAAAUUGUGCGCGUUUAGCAUUGGCCGUUGCCACACUCAGUCAAACAACUCCGGCAAUUCUUGGGCCUUCCCGGAUACUAUCGGAAAUUUGUCCGUCAUUACGGCAUUAUUGCUAAACCGCUGACCCAUUUGCUGAAAAAGAAUGUUCCUUUUGUGUGGACUAGCGAGUGUACAUCAGCAUUCGAAGCCUUGAAGCAAGAAUUGGUUACAGCUCCCGUCCUAGCCUUGCCGGAUUUUCGUAAACAGUUCACCAUCGAGACAGACGCAAGCGAUUAUGGUGUUGGGGCAGUUUGCAAUAAGACGGGCACCCAUUGGCCUUCUUGAGCAAGCCUUUGGGACCGCGCAACAAGGGGCUUUCCACUUAUGAAAAAGAACUUUUGGCAAUCCUGUUGGCUGUUGAACACUGGCGGCAAUAUCUGCAAUCUGCUGAGUUUGUGAUCAAGACAGAUCAGCACAGCCUGGUACACCUCGAAGAUCAGCGUCUGCACACCCCAUGGCAGCAGAAAGCGUUCACUAAGCUCUUGGGGUUACGCUACCGUUUGUGUUAUCGCAGGGGAGCUGACAAUAGCGCGGCGGACGCACUCUCACGUCGGCCGAUCUCAGAAACUGAUGACCUUUAUGCUAUAUCCCUCUGCCAGCCAGAAUGGCUUGAUGAAGUACGCCAAGGUUAUACACAGGACCCAUUUACUAAGAAGAUCAUUGAUGAUUUGCAGUCUGACCCACAUUCGCACCGACACUUUGCGCUUGCGGAGGGAUUGCUACGCUACCAGGGCCGAGUGUGGAUUGAUCGUAACCUUCCCAUGCAGCAACAACUAUUGCUCGAUGGUCAUCAGUCUGCCAUCGGUGGUCACUCUGGGGCUCCGGCUACGUAUCAGCGCUUGAAGGCUGUGUGCGCGUGGCCUCGCAUGAAGCGUGUGGUUACGAAAUUUGUCCAGGCCUGCGCCGUGUGUCAACAAGCCAAACCAGAACGGUGCAAAUAUCCAGGUCUGCUCGAACCUCUUCCUGUACCAGUCCGUGCUUGGCAGAUGGUCUCGAUGGAUUUUAUUGAAGGCUUGCCCCAGUCCGGACGAUACAACUGCAUAUUAGUUGUUGUUGACAAGUUUUCCAAAUACAGCCAUUUUUUACCUCUGGCUCACCCAUUCUCAGCGCCUCAAGUGGCAAGCACUUACAUUGAUCAGGUCUACCGAUUGCAUGGUCUUCCUGACUCCAUUAUAUCUGACCGAGAUCCUGUUUUCACAAGCAAAUUUUGGCAGGAGCUUUUCCGUCGGUCUAAUACCACACUGAGAAUGAGCACACCCUACCAUCCAGCCACAGAUGGUCAAACAAAGCGUGUGAAUCAAUGUUUGGAGACAUUCUUACGCUGCUUUGUCCACUCAUGCCCCCAGAAAUGGAGUUCAUGGUUGGCUUUGGCGGAGUAUUGGUUUAAUACCAGCUGGCAUAGUGCGCAUGGCAAGUCCCCGUUCUUUGUGCUAUACGGCCAUGACCCGCGACAUUGGGGGAUUGAAGCAGCUUCAGCCAGCCCAGUCACCGAUCUCAACACUUGGCUUUCUGAACGUGUGGAAAUGACUGCUCUUAUCCGUCAACACUUGUUACGGGCGCAGAUGCGGAUGAAGCACCAAGCUGAUAAAGGGCGGUCUGAAAGAAUUCUUACGUUUGGCGAUUCUGUGUACAUCAAGCUCCAACCUUAUGUGCAGAGCUCUAUUGCUCGCCGUGCUUGCCAUAAGUUAUCCUUCCGGUACUUUGGCCCUUUCCUCAUCCAAGAGCGCGUUGUUCAGGUUGCAUACAGAGUGGCAUUGCCGGAGACCUCUCAGAUUCAUCCGGUGUUCCACGUAUCCCAGCUGCGAAAAGCUUUGAAGCCAGAAGACCAAAGCGAAUCGAGUGGUGGACCAAGUCUUGGUACGAUGGUCAGGUGAUGGUCUUGAUUCUACCUGGGAAGACCGUGACGAGCUUCGGUCGCGGUUCCCCUGUGCAGCGGCUUGGGGUCAAGCCACAACUCGAGGAGGGGAGGGUGUUAGCAACCCUGGCACCAGUGGGCCACCGUCCCAGCCAACUACUGGUCCUGACAAUAUGGAAGCCCAAGGCCCGGUGAGAAGAACCCGAAGGCCCAACCAGAGAGUGACGGGUGGCCCGUGGGUAAACGCAGCCCGAGCAUAUCAGGAAGCGAGGGGUGAGGAGACAGGGGCAUCGAAGGUCGAUCAGAACGGCGGCGGCGGCGGCUACAUAGAACCCUAAUUCCCCUUUACCCCUGUCUCAAAUUCAGCACAGUUGUGCUUGUAAGGAGUGAAUUCUUGUAUCCAUUCACCAUAUGAUCGUGAGACUAGCGUGCUGUUAACACUCCUAGCCCUAAGGGCAUCUUCAAUGGUGAAUGCUUGUUGAGGCGCUUACACUA